CAGAAACCAGACGAUCCACUUUAGGAAGUUCACUCCUUGGCCAGAACGUCCAGAAGUCAGUGAGAAAUGAAGGACAGGCUGGAUGAGCUAAUGAGAGCAGCAGAGGCGGAGAGUGCGAACAAAGUGCUCGGUGGAAUUGAUAACCCACUGUUUGAAGAAACAAGGGUCAGCAAAUUUGACCCAUUUUUUAAUGACGUUUCAGCCAUUUCCUCAAACCUCAACAAGCUGGAAAAGCUGGUUUACGGAAUUCAGAGGAAACAAGCAAAGGUGCUUUGUGGGACUGAAAGUGACAGCAUAUCCAAGGAAAAGCAAAGCCUGAAAGAUGCCAAGUGUGAGUUUACUCGUGAGGCCAAGAACGUGCAGUCCCGGCUGGAUGCGAUGAAAUUCGAGCUUUCUCAGAAAGUGAACAAUGCCCAGCUGUCGGUGGAGUACAGGAUCUGGCAGUGCCAGUUUAACACGCUGGCAGCUCGUUAUCGGGACAUCCUGUCUUCUCACUACACGAAAGAAAUAGAGUACGUCAGUAAGUUGAAACAGCAAAUCAUUCGACAGACUCAGCUGGCGGGCUUGCAGCUCCCGGAUGAGGAUAUUGACCAUUUGGUGGAGAAACCUGCAGCCCCGCAAAUUGUGGGCCGGGACCUGGAGGUCCUCAAAGCCAAGCAGCAUCUGGCUCUUGCCCACCAGCGCCAGAAACAACUGCUGCUGCUCGAAUCUCAGAUCGCUGAACUUCAUGAACUCUUCCUUCACUUUGAGGUACUGGUAGCCGAACAGCAAGAGAUUGUGAACAGCAUUGAGUACAAUGUAAUGCGUACAAUCGAUUAUGCCACACAGUCAGCAGAUCAUGUCAAAACUGCAGUAAAGUAUCAAAAGAAAUCUCGAGUGACUGCAGCUGCAGCAGUGGUAUUGAGCCUGUGUGCCUGUGCACCAUGCAUUGCAAAGUUGUCAUCUUAAAUGCAAUUACACAGGUCAUGGUUUCUCAGGCUGCUGUAUUGGACCCUAAUAGUACUCUGGAUUACCUAUAGCCACUCUACCUCGCAACAGCCCCCAGUGUUCAUGUGGAUCACUGUAUGUCUAUCAUCAGAUCUAUGUACGUUACUGACUUGAUGGCACGUUUAUUUCUGUGUCUGUGUAAACUGAAGACGUAGCAGUGGCUUAUACAAAAGAGUCUGGGAAUGUUCAUGUUUUCAGUAGCAGCCCUGUAUGCCAGUAUUCAUUUUGGGUCCCAGAGGAUACUGGGUGGGAAUUUGACUCACUGUGGACUUUGUGGUCUGUGCUUGUACUAAUCUGGGAAUUGUUUCCAGUUGGACAAAUGUGGAAAACACCAAACAAUUCAGCGAUACCUGUACUGUCAUUUUUCAACCAUGCCUAAGGGGUCAUUUUUAUAUUGCUGAUGGUUUCUCAGAGGUAAAAUAGUGUUUCUUAUCUAUUUUGAAGGUGAUGUUCAUCCACUUCGGAGUUUGCUGUCAAUGUUUCUAAAAUGAUAACAGCCACCUUUUUCACUUCAAUGUCUCAUAUCUGUCCUAAACAUUUGCCAGUCCUCUUCACUGGUAGAUCACUUGCUUGCUGCUACGCACUGCUACACAGUUUUUAGAAGCUCUGCAAAAUUGCAUCUCCUUUCAUUCUCCAGAUGUGGGCAUCACUGACGAGGCCAGUGUUUAUGGUUCGUUCCUCGUUGCCCAUAAGAGGGGGAUGGAGCUUCUUUUUCUAAAAAUGAAUGCAGUCUUGCAAUGCUAUUCAUUUGGUUGUUGCAAAAUUUUAACUCAGUAACAAUUGAGGAACGGCAGUGUGUCCAAGACAAGGUCGUGUUGUCUUGGAGUGGUACUUACCGAUGAUGAUAUUGUGAUAUAUCUGCUCCCUUUCAUUUUGGUAGGUGAUGGAGGAAUACAAUACGUGAGCAAAGCAAGGUAAAAAGACAGUAGAACUGAAGCUUUGCAAUUUGCCACACGUACCCAGUGCGAUACCUAUCCAUUACAGCAAACUUUGUUUUUAACUCUCAUUAAACUGCCAAAAAUUAUAUACCUCAAAUGCCGCAAAGUUUAUUGUACUAUUCUGUUCUAUUUCUUUUAAUUUUUAAAAUUUAUUUAUCUCCAUGUAAUUGUACUUGUUCAGUGAAAUGACCACAUAAAAUAUCAACAAUUGAUUCAAUUUCAAGUCAGUUUCUCCUCAAAUGCCACUGGUAGUCAGUUGAGGGUGUGGAUGAAAAGGCUGUUUGCCAGUAAGUUUUAGUUAAGGCAAAUUUGCAUUAUUAUUUAAGUGAUUUAUGCUGCAAAUAAAAUAGAAUGGUGAUGUCUACACCCCUGGCAUUAUGUUUCUAUUACUCAGUGUAUGUUUUUAACAUUGAUUAUGUGGACCUCUUGAUUAUCCGGAAUAUUUGAUCAACCACCAUACCGCUGGUUCCAUAGGUGGGGUAAAUCAAGCCUUUGCUGCUAGCAUAAAAGAUUUUACAU